UGAUAGAGAUAUAUUUAUUAAAUCAUUGUCAAUCAGAUUUCUGGGUAACUUGAGAACUGCUAAUUCCACCUCUUUCUUACAAUUAGGUCUUGGACAUAAUAGACUUAUUUUUAUAGAGCUUUCAAUACAAUCACGAUG